CGUUGAGGAGAAGAGUACGUCUGAUUCCAUGUGAAAGAUCCGAACCCAGCUGUGUGUCCAUGGAGAGUGACGGUUCAACGAGCCGUCCGAUAAACUUACUGUCUGAUGCUCUAAGCUGUGUCUCAAUGGAGAGUUCCUGGUCAAAGCAACUCCCAGUUCACUUUGGACAGAGAGACCCGUCUACUGAUCCCAGUCUGAUUCAGAAUAAAAGAUCACGACCACCUGAACCUAACUGUGGGUCCUUGAAGCGUGACAGAUCAUCAAGCCUUCCAACAGAAUUGCAAGAUUCUUUGUCUGAUGUUCCAAGCUGUGUCUCAAUGGAGAGUUCCUGGUCAAAGCAACUCCCAGAUAACUUUGGACAGGGAGACCCGUCUACUGAUCCCAGUCUGAUUCAGGAUAAAAGAUCACGACCACCUGAACCUAACAGUAGGUUCUUGAAGAGUGACAGAUCAUCAAGCCUUCCAACACACUUACAAGAUUCUUUGUCUGAUGUUCCAAGAACAAAAAGGGAGAUUGGGACAUCAAUAAAAUCCUCAACAAAUGUGAAGUCCAUAUUUAAGGAACUGGAGCACAAAGCCAUCACUCUGUUGAAGAAAGAGCUGGAUAGGUUUCAGAACGUGCUUUAUCCAGAAGAUGCAGUGUGCUCUGAGAGGGACAUGAAGAAUGAGGAGGAUCUCAGCUGUGUGAGAGAUGGAGCGCUGAAGAUCACAUUGUACAUUCUGAGAAACAUGGGCCUGACAAGUCUCGCUGAUACACUGCAAACCAGAAUUAUUGACACAAACCGUCAAAAGCACAAAUCCAGACUUAAACAGAAAUUUAAAAGAAUUAAUGAAGGAAUCUCACAGCAUGGAAACUCAGAACUUCUGAAGAACAUCUACACAGAGCUCUACAUCACAGAGGGUUGGAGUGAAGACAUCUGUAAUGAACAUGAGGUGAGACAAAUUGAAGCAACUUUCAAGAGACCAGCAACACCCAUCAAAUAUAAUGAUCUCUUUAAAGACAAGUCCGUCAGAAGUGUUCUGACUAAAGGAGUUGCUGGAAUUGGAAAAACAGUAUCUGUGCAGAAGUUCAUCCUGGACUGGGCUGAAGGAAAAGCAAAUCAAGACAUCACCUUCAUGUUUCCACUUCCCUUUAGAGAACUGAAUCUGAUGAAGCAGGAACAUCUCAGUCUGAUGAAACUACUUCAGCAUUUUUUCCCAGAAAUAGGAAAACUAGAAUUAAUAGACUGUGACACCUACAAAGUCUUGUUCAUCUUUGAUGGUCUAGAUGAGUGUCGACUUCCUCUAAAUUUCCAGAAGAAUGAGAGAGUAGGUGGUGUGACAGAGUCAGCCUCACUGGAUGUGCUCCUGACAAACCUAAUCAAGGGGAUCCUGCUUCCCUCUGCUCUCCUCUGGAUCACCUCCCGACCAGGAGCAGUCAAUCAGAUCCCUCUUAAGUGUGUAGACCAGGUAACAGAGGUACGGGGGUUCAGUGAUCCACAAAAAGAGGAGUACUUCAAGAGAAGGAUUAGUGAUCAGAACCUGGCCAAUAAAAUCAUUACACACAUGAAGUCCUCAAGAAGCCUCUACAUCAUGUGCCACAUCCCAGUCUUCUGUUGGAUCUCUGCCACUGUUUUAGAGAGAAUGUUGGGUGAAGCAGAGAGUGGAGAGAUCCCCAAGACUCUGACUCAAAUGUUUACACACUUCCUCAUGUUCAGGAUCAGACACAAGGACCAAAGGUACCAUCAGAAAUGUGACCCUGAUCCUCAGCAGACCAGUGAGAGUAUCCUGGCACUGGGAAAACUGGCUUUCCAACAGCUGGAGAAAGGAAACCUGAUCUUCUAUGAGGAAGACCUGAGAGAGUGUGGCAUUGAUGUCAGAGAACUGUCAGUGUACUCAGGAGUGUGUACCCAAAUCUUCAGAGAGGAGUUUGGGCUUCACCUGGGGAAAGUGUUCAGCUUUGUACAUAUGAGUGUUCAGGAGUUUCUGGCUGCUUUAUACAAAUUUCUCUCUUUGAUCAGCAGCAUUAAAACAGAACAACAGACCUCUGAUCCUUUUAAUAUUUUCAGCAAGCCAAACCUGACUGAUUUGUUCAGGAGUGAAGUGGACAAGGCCUUACAGAGUAAGAAUGGACACCUGGACCUUUUCCUUCGCUUCCUUCUGGGUCUCUCAGUGGAGUCCAAUCAGACUCUUUUACGAGACCUGCUGCCCCAGACAAGAAGCAGCUCUCACAACAGGGAAGAAAUAAUUGAGUACAUAAAGCAGAAGAUCAGGGAGAACCCAUCUCCAGAGAAAUCUAACAAUCUGUUCCACUGUCUGCAUGAAUUGUAUGACCAGUCUCUAGUACAGGAUGCUAAGAUGUUCUUGAACAGAGAAGGUUACAGUCGUCUUGAGGGUGCUUCGCUCUCAAUCGAUCAGUGGUCAGCUCUGGUAUUUGUGUUGCUGAACUCAGAAGAGGAACUGGAUAUAUUUGAUCUAAGGAACUAUUACAAGUCAGAAUCAUGUCUGCUGAGGCUGCUGCCAGUGGUCAAAGCACGCACAAAGUCUCUGCUGUGUGGGUGUAAUCUCACAGAGGAAUGCUGUAAACCUCUGUCCACAAUUCUCGUCUCCGAGUCUUCUGGCCUGAGGAUGCUGGACUUGAGUUUUAAUAACCUGCAGGAUUCUGGAGUCAAGCAGCUCUUGGAUGGUCUGAAGAAUCCAAACUGUAAACUAGAGAAACUGUGGCUGGAAAAGUGUGGAAUUACGGAGAAAGGCUGCGAUGAUCUCGCGUUGGCUCUGAGAUCGAAUCCCUUAUCACAACUCAAAGAGCUGAAUCUGAAUCAAAAUGAACCUGGAGCAUCAGCGGUGCAGAUCCUCUGUGAUCUAGUGCGGGAUCCGGAGCGUGCGCUGGAGACACUGUAUGUGGAGAGAGACCCGGUGUGGUUCUGGAGAGAUCACCAUUCACACUCCACCACUGACUGUUUCUUCAUCAGCGAUACAGUAUCAUCAUCCUCCCUUAUAAGAUCCUGUCGUGCUUUUCCUCCAGUGUGAAGCGGCCCGAGCGUCAACACGCUGACCUGCGAACGACCAAAAACGGCUAAUCUAUACCAGAGCGAUUAUUUUUGUAGGUUGUGUCCAUUAAAUGAACCGAUGCGUCAGUUUCUGAUUCGACUCUUUAAUUAAUUGUGUAAACUUUCAAAUGUAAAAUGCUUUAAAAUGAACUAAUUCCUUAAAAACACACCAGUUAAACAUGGACAUGCUACCGCUUUGCAAGAUUAUCGCUUCUUCUUCUUCUGGAGUUUAUGGGCAGUUGAUACAACACCGCCAUCUACUGGACGGACGUGUGGAGAGGACGACUGGAUUAUGGCUUUGUACGAGAUAUUUUAGCACUGAGUUACACAGCAUUUCGGUAGUUAUUAGAUACUGUUGGUAGUUUUUAAUAAAACCUGUAAGAAACCUUCUGGCUGCUUGAGACAAAAUCAGAACACUAGUGUGUCCAAUCUAAAAAAUCUAAGUGACAAUUUACCCAUGAUGCACAGCUCUAAUCCACACACAGCAGAUUACAGUCAUAGGCAGUGAUUAUAACACAACGGACUGCAGACGAUCGGAAGCUCUUUCAGCAAUUAUAAGCCUGUUUUUAUGCUAUUUACUUUAUUUAUUUACAGAAAUGUACAGAAAUCUGUUACUUGUUUAAUCAAAUGAAUUUUGCUUUUAAAUCCUCAAAUUAUGGUUAAACAAACCCAAUCAGAAUGAUAAAAUCCUUCCC